UCUGCAUAUGAGUCAUUUGUCAUCGCUGCCUCCAAGACUGGAUACUGUUGACAUGCAGUCUCCAAGAAUACCAGGUAGAAAACGAGGAAGACCCCCACUCCAUUCUACUGCGAUGAAAAUGGCUGUUCACAAUCUUUAUUCAACACCAGGUGGAUCCUUACCCAUAGUGAAGAUCCCAAAGAAGAGAGGGAGGAAACCCGGGUACAAGCUAAAGUCUCGUGUUCUGAUGACUCCUUUAGCAAUCUCUCCUCCGAGAAGCACACCAGAGCCUGACAUUAGUUCAAUCCCUCAGGAUGCAGCUACAAUACCUAACUCAGCUGCCCCACAAGCUCUUACAGUUUGCAUCUACGUCAACAAACAGGCGAACAUGGGGCCAUACCUUGACAGAAAAAAGGUGCAACAGCUUCCAGAUCACUUUGGGCCUGAAAGACCUUCCAUGGUCCUACAGCAGGUAGUUCAGGCCUGCAUUGACUCCUCACUUCAGCAAAAGACCGUUUUCUCACUUGUCAAGCAGGGCUAUGGAGCUGAAAUGGUGUCAGUUUCUGCCUCUUUUGAUGGAAAACAGCAUCUCCUGAGCCUGCCAAUUGUGAACAGCAUUGGGUAUGUCCUGCGCUUCCUCAAAAAACUCUGCCGCAGCCUACUGUGUGACAAUCUCUUCAGCAAUCAGUCUUUUGCACAAUACAGCAGUACUUCUGAACAUCCAAAGGAGUAUGAGAGUAGAAGGAUGGAGUCAGCCUCAAGUCCUUCACUGGAAAGAAAAGAUAUGGCUCGACCAUCAAGCAAGAAUCCUUCGACCUGGACCGUUGAUGAUGUGAUAUGGUUUGUGAAGGAUGCAGACCCACACGCGUUAGGUCCACAUGUGGAGCUUUUCAGAAAACAUGAGAUUGAUGGCAAUGCUUUGCUGUUGCUGAAAAGUGACAUGAUCAUGAAAUACCUGGGGCUGAAAUUGGGACCAGCACUGAAACUUUGUUACCACAUUGAUAAACUCAAGCAAGCAAAAUUCUGAUAUUUUCUUAAACAAUGACACAAUCUGAAUGAAAUCUCCAAGAUAGCAGACUAAAGGUAAUGUGUUGCCUUACAGAAAUAUGACCAUUUGCUAAUUGUUUUCCCCUCUUUUUUACAAAGGACUUUGUCUUUUUUAAUACUUGUUCAUCUUCAGCUUUUUUUAUUCCAGUGGGGUAUUUUUGGGUAUUUCUGUUAAUGAUUUGCCAAAAAGUAUAUAAUUAUAAUACUUAUUUUGUACCAUUAGUAUUGUUAUUAUGAUUAUAGUAAGUCCUAUUUUUGUAAUUAGAAGUGAAAAAUCAGAAACAAAUACAGCUUUGGCAUACAUUGAGGAUUGUUGAAAGGCUAAAGAAGAGUCACUCAUUAGCUGCCUGUCAGCCUCUGGGGCAUAGUCACUGACUUGCCAUCAUCAGGGUUGUAGUUAUAAUGCAAAGCCAGCAACAACACUGACACAGCACGCCUGGGAAAUAGUCCUGAGUUAAUUUCCUUUGCUGGUCAGAUAUUGUUGGGAACUGCCCCAGGUCUUGCACUAUCUGGAAAACUUGAAUUCUUUUGUUUAAAAACAUUUUUUGGAAGUUUAAGUACUUUGUCUUCCCACUAGAGGGAAAAUCCUAACACAUUUCAGGCUGUAGUUGUGAUGACAUGGUGGUUUGGUGUGCUGGGGCCACCUUACAUCUAACAUGUGCACAUUAUGGAAUUGCAGCUCCCAGAGUGCUCCUCAUAAAAUGUAAGGAAGAGUGGAUAAUUCCCAGUCUCUGGCAUUCUCAACUGCCUGCUACCUUCCUAGAGCCGUUCCUGGGUGGCACACACUUGUGGCACCCUUAAACGGGGAUAUAGUAGAAAUAUUCCCUGAAGCUGAAAACGCAAUGCUCAUUGCAAAUUUGCAGCACUGUUGGAUUUAGAAAGAGGAUGUUCUAUUUCCUGACUGAAGCUACUAUUGUGGUAAUCAUGUUAACUUUCAGCACAUAUGCAGAUGUGCUGGGCUUAAGGUCUUAAAUUUAGAAUAAUGUCCUUCCGCACCAAAUAAAAACCAAAAAGAUGAUUUUCCACAGUCUAUGUAGCCAUGCCAAGAGAAGUAUAUUUUUGAAAAAUUAGUAAAUAACUUAUACGUUGGCUAUGCCUAUAUGUUCUAUAUGUAUUUAAAUUUGUGAUUUAUCAAAAACAGACAUCAGUUAUUCAAUUUAAGCAUUAUUGUCUUUAAUGGGUAUCCAGAUUGUUUAGCAAGGAUUUAGCUUCAUGAGAUAUUAGGGCUUUAAUAUAGCCAGACUCAAUCUAACUUUGAUAGUAGUUUCCUGAACCUGUGUGUGACAGUGAUCCAAUUGCACCACCCAUUCUAUUUGUACAGAAAAAAAUGUUACCAAAAAUACUUUGUAGAAUAAAGCUUACUCUGCCAAAAGAUACUAAUUCAGGGCAUGAUCCUGAAAAUACUUAGGAAUGUCAGUAACUUUACUCCUACAAGUAGUUUCAUUGAACUCAUAGGCUGUGUCCACACAAACGCGCGCUUGCGUUUUGCGGUGCCUCAUGGCUUUUCAUGGCUACUCCCAUGAAAAAAGUUACUUAUAGACAUGUAUAUAGGAUUGGAUAUUCAAAUGUCUGACCAGUUUUCAACAGAAAAUUUGUUAGAAUUGAAAACCUGAGCAACUGUGUUAAAUAAAAUUUUGUAAUACCAUGAAACAUACUAAAAUCUAAACUUAAUCAGUUUUGGAACGUUACACCAAUCUGCAUCAGUUUACAUGCAUGUUGCAGAGACUGCAGAUCUACUGAGUCAGAUGUUAGCUUGAGAUGUAAAUAUCUUUGCGCCAACAUGAAGGUUGUACAGUUCAUUGUUUACUGUUGUAGUUUUCAGGGUUGAGUCAUUUUCCUGCAAUAUUUAUUUAAUCUACUUUAAAUGCUAGAGCCUCAAAAUGUGUAAGGUACUUGAAAUAUCUGGAGUGUCAUCCUCAGAAAAUCUUAAGACAAUCUAGCUUUCUUACAUGUUCUUUAAUAUAACCCAUCUCUGUUAUAUGGAACUCAUAUUUUAAUUCCUUAAAUGCCCACCUCAUUGUAAAAUACCUUGUUCCAGAGUGGAGUAAAACAUUUCCAAUAGUGUUUUUCCACUGAAAAGUACCUUUUUGUCAAAAGUAAAACUUCCUGUGAAAAUAGAAAUGACAUUUUACUUUAAAUUGAAACCAAGUGCUUGAAUAGUGUCAAA